AGGGAAAUAUGUCGCAGUUUUGGAAAUGCGCUCCUGUAUUUUUUAUGAUAGCUUUCCAGUGUUUUAUUGUCCUACACUAUUAUGAUGUCGACCUAUUCAAAUUGACAACUCAGCAAAAAUAUGUUGGAUUUUUAUUGAACGACGGUCGUCUGGGGAAUCAGUUAUUUCACAUGAUCACUGGAUAUGGUAUUGCCAGGACAUUGAAUCGCACUCACUAUUUGCCAUUCAAUGGUUGGAUAGAACAUGUUAGAAAGUACCUUAUCCGCCUUGAGAAGGUAUUUCCUCGUUUGAAGCAGACCUAUAUCUUUGCAACGAAUGAAACCAAAGAAAGGGUAGUGCCGUUUGCCGGUUCAUGCUGUUCCUACUACGAUCCAUUGAGGCUGAAAAACCACACCGAUCAGUUUCUGCUACUGAACUUUCGAUUCGGUCACAAUCCUAGGUAUUUCGAGGACUACAUUGGAGAUAUACGUGAAAUUCUCAACUUCUCCGAGGAAUUAAGAGAAAACGCAAGCGAUUUACUCCUUUCCUUGAAAAAGUAA